AUGGAUUCACAAAGCCCAUCCUAUGCGGAUAUCGAAAAGCCCAACUUCUCCGAAUCAAAAAGUAAAUCACCAUCCUCUAACAAGAAACUUGAUUGCUGCGGUUAUUUAUUUUCCAACUUCUCCAAAUUAAAAAGUAAAUCACGAUACUCUAACAAGAAACUUGAUUGUGAGGGACGUGCUUGUGUCGAAUGUGGCCACUGCCGUGAUUGGCACUGGCGUCCUGACGGUAAUGAAAAGGAUUAUACAAAGCGUGGUGAUGCAACUUGUACUUCUGAUGGUUUUUCUCGUGGUUUUCGUCGUUAUGAUUAUUAUCAUUUUAUUUAUUCUGUUUCUUAUUUUGAUGGUAUUGAUGUUAUUGAUAAUCGUUUAUGUCAAUGUGACGAUAAUCGCUCUUAA